CGCGAGACACCGAGGGAAGCGGCCUCUUUAAAGCGCCCUCGCCGGCGAAGGAGGCGGGGACGUCGCCACAGGAAGUGCCCCCUCCCGGAGCCGAGGAAGGGGAAUAGGCCCCAAGAUGGCGGUGGUGGCGGCGGCCGAGCGGCUCCUGUCGGAGGGGGAAGGAGGCGCCAUGGACUCGGCGCGGCUCUCGCCGCCGCCUGUGCCCCAGCCCCGCGGGCGGCGGCGGGGGGAAGCGCAGCCCCUCGAGCAGCUCCCGCAGAGCAACACGCUGGUGGGGCUGCCCAUCGUGGCCAUCGAGGGCAUCCUGGGCUUCCUGUCCUACGACGAGACCAGCCAGCUCCGCCUGGUUUGUAAGCGAAUGGACUUGGUCUGCCAGAGAAUGCUGAAUCAGGGAUUUCUGAAAGUGGAAAGAUACCACAACUUGUGCCAGAAACAGGUUAAAGCACAGCUCCCAAGACGGGAAUCGGAACGGAGAAAUCACUCGCUAGCUCGCCAUGCAGACAUUCUUGCUGCUGUAGAAACAAGGCUGUCCCUGCUAAAUAUGACCUUCAUGAAGUAUGUGGAUUCUAACCUCUGCUGCUUUAUACCUGGGAAGGUAAUUGAUGAAAUUUAUCGUGUGCUAAGGUAUGUAAACUCUACCAAAGCUCCUCAGAGAGCCCACGAAGUCCUUCAGGAGUUAAGGGACAUUUCAUCGAUGGCAAUGGAAUAUUUUGAUGAGAAGAUUGUUCCAAUUCUAAAAAGAAAAUUGCCUGGAUCAGAUGUAUCGGGACGGCUUAUAGCGGCAGCUCCAGUUCCAGGUCCUUCUGCAGCCUUAACAACAAUGCAGCUCUUCUCCAAACAAAACCCAUCGAGGCAGGAGGUCACCAAACUCCAGCAGCAAGUUAAAACCAACGGUGCAGGUGUGACUGUGCUAAGGCGCGAAAUAUCGGAGCUUCGCACCAAAGUGCAAGAGCAACAGAAGCAGCUGCAAGAUCAAGAUCAGAAACUGCUUGAGCAAACCCAGAUCAUAGGUGAGCAGAAUGCCCGAUUGGCUGAGCUCGAACGUAAACUGCGAGAGGUUAUGGAAAGCGCAGUGGGCAAUUCCUCAGGGUCAGCACCAAGCGAGGAGACUCCUAGGAAAAGGAAGAAGGCUGUUGAAUCAAUAGGUGCGCUUAGGAAGUCUAAACGCCUUCGAAAUAAUAAAUAACUUUGGAAUAAAUGACACCUCCAGGAGGAUGUACUGCUUUAUAGUAGCCCAAGCAGGUUGUCUGGUCUGGAUACUGCUAUUCAGAGCAUGGUGUCAUUUAGGCUGCUGGUUCUUCAGAACACCAUAGACUUGAACAACUUUCUCUCAUUGCUGAGAUGUUUCUUCCCAAACCUGCCCUGCUUCUGUUUGAGUGGGCCUACGGCACAGAAUCAUUAUAACUUGCCAUAGAUUUGUACUAACCAGACCUGCUCUAUCACGUUCUGAAAAGUUAAUUUUCCUUUUCUGUGCAGAUGACUAUUAAAGUGAAACUUAUAUUUAUGCAUCUGUUCUGUAAAUGAGUAUACUAAAUAAACCCAGGCUUAAUUGGCUAGAAGAUUAAAAGUGGAUAAACAGCAGAUGUUCUCUUCACUUGAAAGAACCACUUUUUGAAAAUCUCGUGGGGUUGUUUUUGGUUUUUUUGACGGGGGGAGGUUGACUUUUUUGUUGCAAGUGACCAGGUUUAGAAUGUCUGAAAAGUAGCUUAUAAAUGUGGGAGUCAACAUAACAAGUAAAGAUGACUUCUGAAGCUUACAGUAUUGGCUAUAUAUAUUUUUGUAAAACUUAACAGGCAAGGGACUUCAGUUUAGAUUUCACAAAUGCAUACCCUCCUCCUAAGCAUUUGGAGCCAUAUUUUUAUCUUUGCAUGGAGAGACGCAUGCAUUGCUUAGUCAGCUUGGUAAAGCAUUUGCCUGGAGUUGCAAUUAAAUAGUUGGCCUCUGUCACCUUUUGUACCGCAAUUUCUUGGUUCCUUAGCCAUGACUUUGCAUUUGCUUUCAGCACAGCUGUUUCUUUUCUUGCGAGGUCAUUUUAUCUUACUUUUGUCAAGAGUAUAUAAGCCAGGCUAUUUUGCUGCUUCUGCUUGCCUAUAGAUAGCAGGUACUCUUUUAUCUAAAGGUUGAUUCCUUUAGCCUGUGAGUUUCUGAUUAUACACUACUGAUGCUAAUUCAGCGGUUCAAAGACUAUUAAACAUUGGAUAAAAACGAUUUGUUCUUUGUAUUACACAGGCUUCCUAAGGCAUGGUUCAAAUUCUAAAAAGUUUAUGUUGAGAGAAAGACCUUACUGUUACAUUGAAAUAACUGUCUAAUACUGUGUUACUUAUCAUAAAAAGUAAAUUGAUUUCAGACAAAAAAAGCUUUAAUUUCUUUUGCACUCCUUCCAUUUUGAAUUUGUAACUGGAAACACAUGUCUUGCACUGUACAGUCUGGAUUUGUCACUUUAACAGCCUCAAAGUUGUAAUGUACAGUGAAUUUCUCCCCGGCUGUAUUUUUUUUUAAGCAUCCAACAAGUAUUGCUGUCCAUGGUUUUUAAUUUGCUGUUACCAAACGAUGUCACUGUUGCUCGACUGUUACAUUUUUCUCUUAAUCUGCUGUUGCCGAAUGGACAUAUUUUCACAAGAAUGAAUUUGAAAUGAGAAUAGAAAAUUGAAUUUGAGUGGUAGUUCAAAAGGCCACUCGUAACUUAGACAUUUCGCUAAAGUACCUUGGUUUAAAAUGGAAGCUGCUUAUUCAUUUUCAUUUGUCAAGUUAAAGAUAAAACACAAAGCUUUCCUAAAGACUGUUCUGGGCUUUUUCUUAAAUGUUAAUCAAAGUCCAUUAAUUCAUAAUUUGGAGUAGAUUCCCCCCCCCAUAAAACAAUAUAUUACAAUUUGAUGUCAAA